GCGCCCAACAUGACCUCGCACGUCCUGCACCGCGCUCGCAGCAGCAUCCAGCACCUCUUCUUGGACUGGCAGCGGGGGGCUCUGUACUGGCUGGCUCCUGGGCAGCCCCUGCAGCAGCUCAGCCUGGCGGGGGGGGACCCGCAGGAUGCCUGGAACGAGACCUGGCCUGGAGAGCUGCCCGUGGCCAUGGACAGCAGGGCCUUCACCCUGCUCUGGAGCUCAGCCCUGGGCCUGAGGGCGCUGAGCCUGACCAAACGGCAAGCGGUCACCCUGGCGCCCAGCUGGCCCCAUGGCCUCGUGGCUGCCUUCGAGCCCUACCUGGUGUCUGUCAACAAGACGUCUCUGCUGCUCUGGGACCGGCGGACGCUGGCCCUCGUGCUGGCCGUGCCAGCAGAAGGCGUGCAGGGAGCGGUGGCCUUCGUGGAGCUGGAGCUGCCUGCAGUGCCAACGAGCAGAGCGCCUGCCCUGCCGCUCCAUCCACCCGUGACGACCGCGUCGAGGACGAGCACGAGCCCUGCCUCGAGGACAAGCCCGGCCACCACCUCCACCACACGACCUCCACCACCACGCAAGACGACCACCGCUGCGCCUCCCACCACAGCGCCAACCACCUCCAGCACGUCCACGCCGGCCAAAACCACCCCUGCACCAACCACCACCACCACCACGUCCACCCCAACCACCACCUCUGCGCCCGCCACCACCCAAACAACAUCAACCAAGGUCCCCUCUGUGCGGUCACCCACCACGAGGAGCUCCAGCACCACCACGAGGAGCACCACGAGCACCACCACCCUGUCCGUGCCACCCCAGCCCGCUGCCCCACGGCUAACCACGAGCACGCAGCACCCAGCCAGCCCUGCACGCCCCCUCCCCGCCGUCCCCCACCUCUCCUGCCCUCGCACACACGUGCCCUGCCGUGACGGCACCGAGUGCGUGGCGCAGGAGUACGUGUGUGACGGGGAGAGGGACUGUGCGGAUGGCUCUGACGAGGAUGGCUGUGCCCAGCUCUGCGACACCCCAGGGGCCUUCCACUGCGUGAGCGGCGCCACGUGUGUCGGGGCGGGCGAGCGGUGCGAUGGGGUGCCGCAGUGCCCCGACGCCUCGGACGAGGCGGGCUGCUGGAGCCCCACGCCGGACUGCGCCCUGCGCUGCGACGCCGCCACCCGCUGCGUCCCCGAGAGCUGGCUGUGCGACGGCCACGCCGACUGCCUGGACCGUGCCGACGAGCAGCGCUGCGCGCCCAAGGAGUGCAGCCCAGCCGAGUUCCCGUGCCGCAGCGGGCAGUGCGUGGCCCUGUCCCUGCGCUGUGAUGGGGACCGGGACUGCCGGGAUGGCUCGGAUGAGGAGGGCUGUGCGGUGCCGCGGCCCCUGCUGUGCCGCGCGGGUGAGGUGGCGUGUCCCCGCAGCAGGCAGUGCGUGCCCCAGGCCUGGCGCUGCGACGGGGACACCGACUGCGAGGACGGCACGGAUGAGGAGGACUGUCCCCAGGAGGAAGGGCCGUGCCGUGACCAGCAGUGGGGCUGCUCCCGGGACCACGAGUGCGUCCCCAGCGCCUGGCGGUGCGACGGAGAGGCGGACUGCAGGGAUGGCAGCGACGAGGCCAGCUGCCAGCCCGCUCCGUGUCCGAGCCACGAGUACCCCUGCGGGCUGGGGGUCUGCCUCAACGUCUCCCUGGUGUGCAGCGGGCAGCAGGACUGCGUGAACGGCUCAGACGAGGGGGGGAACUGCUCCCUGCCCUGCCAGCUACGCUGCUCACAACUCUGCCACCCUUCACCCCAGGGCCCCCGAUGCUACUGUGCCCCUGGCUAUCGGCUGGCUGAGGACGGCCUGACCUGCGUGGACAUAGAUGAGUGCACGGAGUGGGGUGAGCGAGCCUGCAGCCAGACCUGCCUCAACGCCCCGGGGUCCUACAGCUGCAGCUGCCUCCCUGGCUACCUGCUGGAGCCCGACGGCCGCGUCUGCAAGCUGGGUGGACCAGAGCCCGUGCUGCUGGUGGCCGUGCAAUCAGAGGUGCUGUCCUACGGCCUGCGGAGCGGGCGCGAGGAGGUGCUGCUGGCCACCGACAAGGAGCGCAUCGUCUUCUCGCUCGACUAUGACCCAGUGGAGAGGAAAGUUUUCUGGAUGGAUCUGGCCACGGAGAGCAUCAGCUGGCAGGGCCUCGACUCGGGCAAGAAGGGCACGUUGGUGAAAGGGGUGAGGUCAGACUGCAUCGCUGUGGACUGGCUCGGGAGGAACCUGUACUGGACGGACGGGGCAGCGGGGCAGGUGCUAGCCACCCGGCUGGGGGCUGCCUGGCGAGGGAAACCAGAGUACACCGUGGUGCUGGAUGGAGACAUGGACCAGCCCCACUCCCUGGUGCUCCAGCCUCUAGCAGGGGUGCUGUACUGGUCCGAGGUGGGGAGCCUCCCCCGCCUGAUGGAGGCCACCAUGGACGGGAGCCGGCGGCACGUGCUGCUGGCCCAGGGGCUGGGCUGGCCCACGGCGCUGGCCCUUGACCUCCCCGCCUCGAGGAUCUUCUGGCUGGAUGAGAAACUGAGCAGCCUGGGUUCCGCACGCCUGGACGGCACGGACGUGAGGGUGCUGCAGCUGGGCUGGGUCCGGAGCCCCUUUGCCGCAGCAGUGUGCGAGGGGCAGCUCUACUGGUCGGAGAGGAAGACGUGGUCAGUGCUGCGGGUGGACAAGGCUGCUGGCAAGAACAGGACCGUGCUGCUCAAGCGGACACGGGCAGCCCCACGGCCUCCAGGUGAUACACCCAGCCCUGCGCCCGGCGGUCCCCAACCCGUGCGCGGCACGUGGCUGCUCCCACCUGUGCCUGCUGAGUGCCCGGCACUCUGGGCAGUGCCGCUGCCCUGCCGGGCUGACCCUGGCUGCCGAUGAGACCACCUGCCUGCCCCU